GAGCCUUGACCUGAACCAAUCCCCUAAGAGCAGCAGCGCCAGUCACCGUGGAGAUGGACAUGAAGGAGCGUCCGCACCGCUCUCUGACCCGGGGGCGCUGCAGGAAGGACUUCCACAACGCCACUGCAUCCCUGCAGCCCGAGGAGUGCCGCGUGGCCACCCAGAAGUCCUACAGCUCCAGCGAGACGCUCAAAGCCUAUGACCGCGACACACACCUGCACUACGGGGGCUGUGUGGCUGAGCUGGUGCGCCACGAACACCAGGAGUACGUCCGCCAAGGUGAGCUGGUGCACCACGAACACCAGGAGUACGUCCGACAAGGGAGCUUCACGCUGGCGGAGCUGGGAGUGAGUGACCAACAGGCCCAGACCCAGACCCAGCACCAGGCUGCCUACCACUCCUCUCACUCGGAGCUGGGCCUGCUGCAGCGGGGCUACUCCCUCAGCGCCGGCUCCGAUCCAGACUCCGACCCGGAGGGGGUCAUGUCCCCGGAGCGCGCCGUACAGCUGUGGGGGGGUCACGCGAUCAAGUCCCGCCGCAGCUCGGGCCUCUCCAGCAGGGAGAACUCAGCCCUCACACUCACCGACUCCGACAACGAACACAAGUCUGACGACGAGUCAGGUAGGACAGAGAUUGGGGGAAGGACGUAAUAAUGAAGCCGAGAGGGAAAUGUGGUGGGGGUGGAAGUCUUCCUCCCUCUAUCCC